AUGAGCUCUCCUCUAAGCCCCUGUUUUCAGACUAAGCGCCGUUCCGCCGGCCCGCUGCAAAGUGUGUGGCCCGGCCCUGUGGUGCUCUCCGUGUGUGUGUCUGUCUGUCUGUCUUUGCAUGUGGGGCUAUUACCAUUUUAUCCUAUAAUCUCCACAAGUCCGCAUAUCUCAAUCAGACCAUGAAGGCUGUAUUGUAGAUCUGUGAUGGUGAUUGAGCAAUUGUUCUAUUCCCUUUUUUCAGUCUGCUGUUAAGCCAGGUGUUCAGUAUUCUCUCUGUCGUUAAGCCAGGUGUUCAGUAUUCUCUCUGUCGUUAAGCCAGGUGUUCAGUAUUCUCUCUGUCGUUAAGCCAGGUGUUCAGUAUUCUCUCUGUCGUUAAGCCAGGUGUUCAGGAUUCUCUCUGUCGUUAAGCCAGGUGUUCAGGAUUCGCUCUGUCGUUAAGCCAGGUGUUCAGUAUUCGCUCUGUCGUUAAGCCAGGUGUUCAGGAUUCUCUCUGUCGUUAAGCCAGGUGUUCAGGAUUCGCUCUGUCGUUAAGCCAGGUGUUCAGUAUUCGCUCUGUCGUUAAGCCAGGUGUUCAGUAUUCUCUCUGUCGUUAAGCCAGGUGUUCAGUAUUCUCUCUGUCGUUAAGCCAGGUGUUCAGGAUUCGCUCUGUCGUUAAGCCAGGUGUUCAGGAUUCGCUCUGCUUAGCUCACUAUAUUGCUUGUUGAAUUUGUUGGUGGUGAAAUACAAAUGUGGGGAAGUUGGAUUAAGAUUGUCUUUCUUUGCCUCCUUCCCUCUCUAUCCUUUUUCUUUCUCCCCCCCAUCUUCCCCCUCUUCCCUCCCUCCCUCCCUCCCUCCCUGUGUCCCUCCCUGUGUCCCUCAGUCCUCUCCAUGCGGUGGGCUUUGCCUUAGCCUGUGGGGUCCCUGGUAUCACCCUGUUGACCCUGGCUGUGAACCCUCUAACAGGGGCCUUGGGGGCCCUCAACAUCUUCCUCUACACCUGCUGUUACACCCCCCUGAAGAGGCUCAGCAUCACCAACACCUGGGUGGGGGCUGUGGUGGGGGCCAUUCCCCCCGUCAUGGGCUGGACGGCUGCUACAGGUGCUCUGGAUCCAGGUACUGAACUGGAGGACACGCUGUACGCACACACACACACACACACUAACCAGGGUUCUAUGGUCCUCUCCAACACACAUAGUCAUGAUACUAGGUCCUAUGGGUCUCUCUCUCUCACACACACUGAUACACCCACUCUUAUAUUUCACGAUGAAGCAGUGGGUUUAUGACAAGCUGUUCAAACAGAAUGUUGUUAAAUGUGGGAUUGAGGAGACAAUAUAAGGAUACACCCACACUUGUUCUUCCAACUUUGUGCCAAAGAGCAGCUAUGGUCUGUUAGAAAGUUAAUAUGGCCAUGUUAGGCUCUGUGUAAUACAUUGGCAUUUGUUCCUACAGUUACUUAUGUUAAACUCUGAUAAACUGGAUCAAAUCUGACUCUUCAGAGCGAAUCAGACGUGGAUUAUUGUUUUCCAAACUAGAUAUCCAGCUAGUGAGAAAGAUGGUGUUUAUCGCAACCUGAAGUAACAUGUUGUGUGGUCACUCCCAGGAGAGUUAGGAGCUAGGCUGUAGUUUAGGUUUUAAAAUGCCCUCAAGUCUGUCUCCACUGAACUGAAGCUAUUAUAUAGGUAGAAUGAUGUUUCUACAGUUUGUCUUGUCAUAACACUUUGUCUCUGUUUGACUCCCUGAGACCUCUUUCACAACUGACAUUCAACACAACAGAGUGCAUGUCUUUCACUGGGUUGACGAGGACCUCUAUGACCAGGCCUGACCCCCCCACUACGACCAGCCUUUUAUUUACAUACUCAACCACCCAGAGUAUCACACUGAUAACACAUGCAUACAGCGUCAAGGCUUUGUGUGUCUGUGUUUGUGCGCUUGCGUGUGUGUGUGCGGAAGAACAAGCGGGGGGGCAGACAUGUUUGGCAGACAUGUUAAGUGUUCUGUUAUGGCAACUGGGAACUGUGUUGCAGCUUGUCACCGGGGUCUCUCACUACGGAACACACUAGUUUACACUCUCCAAGCCAAUAUCUUGGGACUUGCUCUCAACAAAAUGUUAAUCAUGAAUCUUUGGGCUUUUCAUGUGGGAGUGAAUGCAUUUUAUUGCCGUUUAACAUUUCCGCUGGGGGAUUUUUGUUGAUGGCCUUUGCAUUUAACGACGGCUCUCACAUUAUACAAUACCAUUCAUACCCUUUACGGAAAACAUACCCCCUCAGCUGUAAGUUGGCCUGUGACUUGGAAAUUGGUCAAUUGGACCUGUCAAGACAAAAUAAUGAAUACAAGUCUAAACUGACAAUAGUUACUAUCAUCAGUCAAGAAAAUACUCUGCCCUGUGUGUUGCUACAAUAUGCUACACGCUAGUCCUGUUAGAUCACUGUGUUUAGGUGACACAGGAGAGGUUUGCAGUACAGCAGCGCUACAGAUUCCAAUUCCCAUAGCUCUGUCUGUCGCUGCUGCAAGGCCCUGUGUUGUCCUCAGGGAUUUAGCCCUGUGUGCUACACGCAUGUUUACAAAACGCAAGACGACCCGAGUAAAACACAAGGAAACCCUGUACAUGACACUCUGCAGCGCUGUCUUUGUGCCGUGGCGGCCGGGCGGUUCUCCUGUUUCUGUCUCUGGUUGCGUGUUUACAGAUUAUACACAACGCCUCAUCGUGACCCCCAGGCUGUCUGUUGCCCCACCCAACACACACACACCACACACUACACACACACACACACGAUUUGAAAGGCGAGCCGAUGGAUGGAUGGAUCUCCUCUCUGUUAACUACAGGUCUAAGAGGAACAGAGAGUGACUGGGAGAUUCCUUCUCUCUGUCUGGUGUCCACAUCCAUGUUCUCGUAUUCAGUCACCCAUUCAUUCACCUCACAACCUAUCCUGUACAAAGACCAUGUCAUAGGCUCAGGACAGUGACAUGUCCACAAUGGAGAAGUUGAUUGUUGAUGCAGUCAGAUGAAGUGCAACACCAUGAGUUUUGUGAAUUCCUUAUUUAGUCAUUAACAAUGUUUCUUUUUCUAUUCUUUAUCUUAUUUUCCUUCUGUCUCUCUCUCUCUCUCUCUCUCUCUCUCUCUCUCUCUCUCUGUCUCUCUCUCUGUCUCUCUGUCUCUCUCUCUGUCUCUCUCUCUGUCUCUCUGUCUCGCUCUCUCUCUGUCUCUGUGGCUCUCUCUCGCUCUCUCUCUGUCUCUGUCUCUCUCUGUCUCUCUCUUGUCUCUCUCUCUGUCUCUCUCUCUGUCUCUCUCUCUCUCUGUCUCUCUCUCUCUGUCUCUCUCUCUGUCUCUCUCUGUCUCUCUCUCUCUCUCUGUCUCUCUCUCUGUCUCUCUCUGUCUCUCUCUCUCUCUCUCUCUCUCUCUCUCUCUCUCUCUCUCUCUCUCUCUGUCUCUCUCUCUCUCUCUCUCUCUCUCUGUCUCUCUCUCUGUCUCUCUCUCUGUCUCUCUCUGUCUGUCUCUCUCUGUCUAGGUGCUCUGUUGCUUGGUGGCUUCCUGUACUGCUGGCAGUUCCCCCACUUCAACGCUCUGAGCUGGAACCUGCGUGAGGACUAUUCCCGGGGGGGCUACCGCAUGAUGUCUGUCACCCACCCGGGCAUGUGUAAGAGGGUGGCCCUGCGCCACAGUUUGGGUCUGAUCGGUCUCUCGGCCAUGGGCCCCGUGCUGGACGUCACCACCUGGACCUUCCCUCUGGUCUCCCUGCCCAUCAACCUCUACAUCAGUUAUCUGGCUUUCUGCUUCUACCAGAAGGGAGACCGCAGCUCCGCCCGCAAGCUCUUCUUCUGCAGUCUGUGGCACCUGCCUAUGUUGUUGCUGCUGGCGCUCACCUGUAAGAAGUCCUGGACUGACCCAGAGGGCGUGGCUAAGACCUCAACCCUGCCCCUCACCCUGCAGCACUAA